AUGAUGAUAGUCGAAAAGAAACCUGGUCUGGAAAGCUACACGGGUUCCGAUAAGAAUGAUGUUAAAUCAAAGAAGUAUGGAACAUGGUCUGGGUCAGUUAUAUUCCACAAAAUUCCAUCCUCACUGCUACCUACUAAAGACUCAGAAACACCCAAAACACCUGAACCCUCAGCUGCAGUAUCUCCUCAACCUACAACACCUAUCAAACCAGCAGGUAACAUUCCAUUUAUCUAUGCAGGUACAAGCUAUAAGAGGCAGAAAUAUCAGCAUGUAUCUACAUACACGUCUUGCUAAUUUUGUGUAGUUUCAGAUUUAGAUAGUUUUAGAUACCGAAGGGAUACUCUAAGCAACAAACCAGCUCAGGUGUGUUGCCUUUUGUGUCUGGGGGCAGUCCCUCAGAUGUAUGAAUUACUUUAAAUUUGACCCUAUAAACACACUGAUAAGACCUGCAGUGGUUAUGGUACUCCGGUCUUCUAUUCCUUUCCCAAUAGUGGAGGAUAAGUGAUUAUAACUGCAGGAGAUAGAGGAAUAGUGUAGAUGCAGCUUCCAAGACGAUUCUCCCCAGCAAGUAGAAUAUUCCCCAAGCAUGAGCCUAGACUUCAUGAAGGGUGUAACAGGAAUGAUUUUUAUUGAGGCCACACUGGCUUUUAUGAGAAUCCUCCUGCAAGAGGACCUCCCACAGUAAACAAAGACAAUAACCAAUCAACAUACAGAUUUACAGUAACACUCGCCCUCUCUCUGCCUGGGAGAUAUUGAGAUAAGUUAAGGAAUAACUCAAUUAUCUCCAGGCACACAAUUUUCCCAAAAUUUAGAACACCCCUUUCCCCACAAGGUAUCCCCACAAAUUAUAUAUCCCCUGAUAGCCCCGAUCUGGGGGACCAACAUAUCAAAAUUUCACCCAGAUCGUUUAUGGGGUUCUCAAAAAGUAUGGAAGUCAUACUUUGGGCUCCUGCCCAAAACAGUUCCACGAAUUCAGCGUGUGCAGUCGGUCAAUUCAGUAAAUGGCCUAAAAACGAAUAAAGUCCCGCAUGGAUCCUCCUGGCUCUUAGAAGCGAUUGCUCCCCUUGUUCAUAUGAACCAAACUACCAGAUGGCGCUCUCCUGGCUGUUCGGCAACUAAAGGAAGCAGGCGUUCAGUAGUUUCAGUGGUGGUUCGGGUGGUCGAGUAUCCAAUUUUAGUUCCAGACACUCGACGAACAAGUCCCGCUGCCUCCUUUCGUGCAAACAAGAUGGCCACUGUUUUCUGUUCCAUGUGGCAUUCGGCUAUACGAACAGCGGCCGCCCCAAGGAGAGCACUUAAUAGACGGUUCUUUUGAAGUUAAUGAGCCAGGAGGGUGGUUGGUGUUCGGUAGUUUUAAACUGCCGAACCAAUAAAUCCAUUAUGAACGAAAUGUUGCAGAAAAGCACAAACACAGAAGAAAAUACCUAACUCUAUUUUUUUUCACACACACCCAUAUACAAUUUAGUCACAGUGAAUACCCAUCAUGGUAGCUAACAAUCCCUAAACCACCAACAUCAUUUAAUCAACAACCCUGAGAUGUGGUGAGAAGGGGGCUGGUAUGGCAUAAAUAUAACUAACCCAAUAAAAAUAAAUAAUGCACUAAUUACUUGUCAAUGUUUUCAUUGAAGAUUUUCCAUUUCUUCAGACAAAACAAAUCGUCCAUAGACAUCCAAAAGGGUUGAACCAUUGAUAGGUCACUAAUGGUCACUGUGAAGACUUUUUCAAAUUCAUUGAAUACUUAUCAAAUUGAUACUCUGUGAAUUGAAGUUGAAGGUAGAGUCUCCUGUGCAUUUACUUCCACCAGUGCCUCUCUGCAACAAUGUAUUAAACAAUAAAAUAACAUACCUAACAUAAAACUUUUUUCAAUGUUAGUACCAUUUUUUAUUUCUUUUUUUCUGCAAUGUUAUUGCAUCAAUCACAUAAAUCUGUUAAAAUAUAACUUUAAGCCAUCUAACAAAAUGCCUGUUUGUUGACUGUAUACUUUCUGGGUCAGCAACUUCUUCGAUAUUGUCCCACUAUGCUGCUUUUAAUAGCCAGAGCAUUGUGAUGGUAAUCUUUGUCACCAAAUACCUUGGCUUCCAGUAACCCAUCUUGUUAUUCGGGUAUCUUUUUUUGGUUUGAUCUAUUUGCGCAUUGGGGCUGGAUACUAUAACCAUUGUUGACACCCAAGAGUAGUGAAAGUUUGUGCACAUGGCUAAAUUCUGUAUUAUUAUUUUUUUUCUAUAUUAUUCAGCUUUGCUCCAUAAGAAUACUCGCUUCUCUCUCAUUAGAAAUGAGUGAAUUGUUAACAUAGCAAACAUCUAAGGGGUUUGCCUUUACAUAAAGAGCUGGAUCGGGUUUGAACCACUGAAAAAGAUCAACAUACUAAGACAUGAAAAUAAUUUAUAUUUCUUUUGAGAUGUAAUAAUUUCCCAUGUCUUAUCUUUUUAGAAUCAACACAGCCAUAUUCAAAUCUUUCCGGACAAACAUCUAUCCCAGAAUCCCCAUCCAAUAUACCAACACAAUCAUCUUCAACUCCUCCGGGACAAUCAUCUAGCCUAGAAUCAGCUUCCCAAAAACCAACACAACCAUCUACUUCUGGCCCAGAAGCACCAUCCAAAACAAGUGAACCCUCAGCUACACCAUCUGCACCUGCAGCUCCAAGUUUACCUUCCGGUAACUAAAGUUCACUGUUCUAACUUUAGAUAUGCUAAAUGUUAUUUAUUUUGAACCACACUGUCAACACAUCUGAAAUUGUCUGAUAUUACAUAGGUAUUUACAAUACCGAAGAGAAGAAUUAUUAGUUGUUACACUCAUUUAAAAACACACUCAAUUUUAUUAUUAUUUUUUCUACAUCUAGGCACAUUUUAUAGUAUUCAUUUAUGUCCUGUAAUUAUUAAAAAAGCAAUAUAAAAAUUAUUCAGAAUACAUAGGAAUACAUUCCCUAUUUGCCUAUUUUGACGAACAUUUUCCGCCCCAUCACAUGCCAUAGUUUUAUGAAGUAGUGUUAUACACAAUAUCAUAGUAUGUAAGUCCAUAAUUUGUAAAAUAAAUGUUUUUAUAUUAAUGCCUUUGUGUAAUCUCAGUUACAGCUUUGUGUUCUUCACCUGCAAUCCAUUUGAGUGCACAAUUGACACAGUAAGUAUGAUUAUAUGUGGUAUAUAUUAUCAGGAAGACAAUGGUGUGUUUUUUUUAAAACAAAUAAAUCCUAGUCAUGCUUUCUAUUACUCAGUUGGCUAAAUUUGGAUAUGUAUCCAAAAAUUAGGGAAUAUAUAUAUAUAUAUAUAUAUAUAUAUAUAUAUAUAUGUAUAUAUAUAUAUAUAUAUAUAUAUAUAUAUAUGUAUUCAAGUUGAGGUUGGCACUCACAGACUUUUAAAAUCCCAAAAUCUUUCUUGAAGAAUAAUUAAAAAAACAAGACUAACGUUUCAGUCCUCGCUAUGAUCCUAUUGAAAGUCCCAUAGAGAGGUCAAGAAGAAUUAGUAUGGAGUAGUGACCUUUGGAUUUAGCUGUGAUAAUGUCGUUAGUGACUUUGAUAAGGGCAGUCUCAGAAGAGCGAAGGGGUGGAAGCCAAACUGAAGCGGGUCAAGAAGAGAGUUGGAGGUUAAUUCAUAAAAGUGUAAAUUAAGAUCUGCACUUCUUCACACAUAAAACAUUCCAGUAAGCUAAACUGCUUUAGAUGUGUGGAAUGUUACUUUAAAAGAUAGACAAGUGGUGGCAGCUUCCCUUGUAAACCUUGUGACCCUAUCUGUGAACUGUCUCUAAAACACUGGGCCUUCCUACACCCCAGAAUAGAUUGGAUUUCAUACAUUAGCACGUUGUUCAAAUAGUCACCAUCUUUUUUUCCUCUAGGGUUACAUGUCCAUCAGGAUGUAUGAAAAUUGCAGGGAAAGUAUAUGGAACCGACAACUACGCAAUCGUAAGAUCCAAAACCUUUUUAACUUUUCUCUCUUUUAAAAUAAUUUUUAAAUCUCUUACCCUGUUCCUUAAAGGACCACUAUAGUGCCAGGAAAACAAACUCGUUUUCCUGGCACUAUAGUGCCCUGAGGGUGCCCCCACUCCCGCCGGGCUGAAGGGGGAGGAAAGGUGUUUAACACUCACCUUUCUCCAGCGCCUUUUUAAAGACCAUUGAGCUGAAGUGGUCUGGGUGCCUAUAGUGGUCCUUUAAUUUGAUUAUAUAAACACUCAAAAACACACUGCAUGGGCACAUAUAUAUAAAUGUUUUCAUUAGGGUUCAUCCAUUUGUGGAGCUGCAAUCCAUGCAGGAGCAAUUAACAACGAUGGAGGAUCCAUGUUGGUAGCAAGAGGCCCAGGGCAAAAACGCUAUGAACCAUUUGCAAGGAAUGGAAUUGAGUCAUUGGAACAUGGGGAGUCUUCUGGAUCAUUCUCCAUCACCCCGCUUGAUGCUGCCGCACCUACACCAACAAACCUACCAACUCACGCAACAAGUGAAUCAGAGAAAUCGGAUCUACCAACAGGUAGCAUUUAAUCACACUGUCCAUUGUAUAUAAUAGAGGUUUUUAUUUGUUCACAGCUCAAAUACAUAUUAUACAUUCUUUGAAUUAUGAGUACAAUAAUAAACAUUGCCAGCAUUGUAGCCAGCAAAUGUUGGUGAACGGAAUAUCAAAUUAAAAAUUUAGACCAAAACAUACAAAACUGAUCCAGAUCCAGAGUAUACCAUAACUUGCCUUUUGUGACCUUAUUUCUAAAGGUUAAUUUUCAAUUUACUGUAAUCCACUGUCUAGUGAUUAAACUCUCUUUCUGAGACUUUUGUUUCUAAAGCACGAUUCAUUUUUCUAACACUGUUAAAAAUUAGCAUUGAUUCUUUAGCCUUAUAUGAGUAUUCCACAUUCAAUUCUCUUUGCUAAAUAAUUUUUUUCCCUUUCACUUUCAGCUAAUGCUGCGUGUUCCUCAGAUGCAACCAGCUUAAACGCACCACUUACAAUGUAAGUAUUACUGUGCAGAAUGAGUAGUGGACAUCUAAAAUGUCCUUCCAGUUGAGAUAAAGACCACCCUAGAUAACUAAUCCACAAAAUGAUUUUGAUAUUGAACACUAUCCUGAAGAACAUAAGUGAUUAUAAGUCUAAGUCUUUAUGAUUUAUAGACUAGAAUUGCCAAUUAUUUCUUAUUCAUCUACACAUUUUUGGAAUCUGUGCAAAGACAUUACACUUGGAAGUGAAUAAAAAGAAACAGACAAUUAGCCUGUUUUCCAAAAUAAAUACUACAUGCAAAAGCACAAAUAAUGAAUCAAAAUGUUUUCCCUAGCAGCCAACCAUAGUUGCCUUAACCAAUAGCCAGCUCAUUCACAGCAGAGAGGACAGUAACACGAUCCUAACAGUCAGCCUUUUUUUGCCAGCUUUCCACAACAAUUUAGUGGGCCAUGAUUUUUUUUUAAAUUCUUUAUUUAAGAGUUUUGUCUUUUUCGGGUGGGCUCAACAUGCAGUCUUAGAAGGCCCACCUAGGGCUUAAGCCUCUUUUCCCUGAAGAUCCAGUAAAUAGCACAUAUGCAAAUGCACUCCAUGUGUGGUCUGACCUAGACAUAUUAAUUGAGAUAACACUGGUAUCUAGGGUGCAUAAAGAAGCCACUAGUUGCCCUGUUUGAUGUGUUCAACAACGAGGUGUUUUUCACAUGAUAAUAGAUGUAGCUAAUAGGUUUGUGAUACUCUUUGUCAACCAUAAAACAUUUUUAGAUUUUUGUAGGUUUCUCUAUUCAUAGUCCUGUUUUUUUUAUUUUUGUCAAUAUUGAUUUUUUCAGAGUUUAGAGUUACACACAUGCUUCUAGUGCCACAACAACAGAAUAAACAUUGCCAUGACACUCAAUAAAGCAGGUCCGUUUUUUGUAUAAUAAAAUAAUACAUUAUGAUUGUUGAGCUAAGACUGCUGAGCACACAAGAUAUGAGCUGUCAACACAUAUAUCAGCUAAACUACAGCUCUAUUAUUGUCAACCAUGAGAUAAUAUAGAAAGUUGCAGGGUAGAACUGUAUAAAAAUACACAAGUAAAACACACUGGGUGGAUUGGCUAGGCACUUGCAGGCGAACCUGAAAAGGCAGUGUUUGCAUGAAAAUGCCUGCAUACAAUGAAUAUACUUACCAGAACAACUACAUUAAGCUGUAGUUGUUCUGGUGACUAUAGUGUCCCUUUAACUGUGCCUGAAUAAAAGUAACAGGGCUGCCCAGAUGAAGAGUAGCUCAGUCCACCAAUGCCCAAUGUAGGGAAACGUUGUGGCAAUGUAUGAAGGUCUCAGAAGGUGGCGCCAUGUGGGAAGCGUGGAGAGGCAUCCAUCCAACCCCAGGUCUGUAUGAAGGCCUGCAUCUCAUGGCCACUGACUCAGGGCUCUGAAUGUCCAAGUACUUCCUGUUGUGGUUAUAGCAGAAGUUUUUUGUGGACCUUCGCCUUCUCCGGUGUACAUCAUGCAGCCACACAAUGUGGGAAAUCAGCUGCUUCUCCUGUAUUAAUAGUCAUCUUAUCAUCCAGUUUAUUUGCUCAGUGUUUCUGCUCUUCUAGGUUAUUGGAAACCUAGUAUAAUCAUUAGCCCCACAAUCUACAGAUUAGGAUGUUCUAUUAAACCUUUUUUUUGUAAGGAAUUUAAAUAUUAGACCUUAUUUUCCUUGAUAUACGCAUGUCCUCUUAUUGUGAAAUAUUUUGAUUAUUGUAAAUAUAAAAGGAUUUAAUGGUUUAAGAAGUUUUGCUUGUUAUGUUUACAUGCCUGGUUAUCUUGAUCAUCUUUUCUCCCCAUUGCUGUAUAAUAUGGGCUAUUCAUUAUGUCUUCCCUGAUUGAAUACCUAUAGACACUGAAGUGGACCCCAUUGUUUGGGUAGAUUUUGUGGAGAUCUCUCAUUGAUUAAAUCAUUUAUCUUCACACCUUUCGGGAGGUGUUAAUACUAAUUUAUACAAAUUUUCAGAGUUCUGUUCUAGUUGGAAGGACGUACCAAUUUUUCAUGCUCUGAUUAGGAAAUGCAGUUUUUGUUUAGUAUUUGUACACUUGCCUACAAUAUUUAUUAGGGACUAAAAGUCUGAAUUAGUAUAUUUGUCUAAAUUCACCCCAACGUUUAUGUCGUUAUAGAUGAAUGUCCUUGCAGAUAAGUAACAACUGAUACUUCUGUUCUGUUUCAAAGAAAAAUCUGACAUAGUCCUUAAUAACUUCCAAAUGAUUCAAUGACUCUGUGAUUUAUCUACAGAAUUCGCCAUUAAAGUCUAUGGGAAUUUGUGUAGAUAAAUCAUUUUAAGAUUUUUGUAAUUGUAUUGACUCAUUUGGAAAGCUUAUUAAAUUAAGGUCUUUGCUGUUUCCAGUUUGUUUUCAGAAAGCCAUUAUCAAUAAAAAUCUAAAUUUUUACUGAAUUAAAUAUGCUAGCCUUUUUGGUAAACGUAAAUUGUGAAAAGUAAAAAGAGUGUAACAUUUUUCUUUAUACUUUCAGAGUCAACUGCCCACCAGGAUGUGCUACCAUGAAAGGACAGGUGUGGGGAACUGACAUAUUUACUGCUGUAAGAUUUGUUUUUUUAAUUUAUUAAAAACAUUGUGCCAAUAUCUGUUUGUGUUGGAGCUGUGUGUUAGUAUACCAUGAACAGCUAGAACUCUGAGUCAUUAAAUAAUUCACUUUUCUGUCAUCAGGAUUCCUCCAUUUGUCGAGCUGCGAUCCAUGCAGGUCACUUGACCAAUGAAGGAGGGCCCACGUGGGUGAAGAAGGAACCAGGACAGAAACGAUACAAUGCAUCAAUAAAGAAUGGAGUAAAAACAUCAGAACAUGAGGAGUGGUCUGAAUCAUUCUCAUUCAUUUCACCCUCUACCAACCCAUCUUCUUCCAAUAUACCCAAAGGUAGGCUAAUGAAAGAAUGCUGUAUUUUUCGCAUAUUAAAGAGUUUCACAUCGCACAUACAUGUAAUUUGCUAAGUGGCAUAAAGAGCUGUCCUAAAAUCUUUUACAUUUAGAAGACAAUUAACUAUCGCGCAUUGUAGACUGACUUCCAAGCAUAACUGAGCGCAGUCAGUGCAUCUAUUUCCCUAGCAUACGUGCUAAUUAUGCACGAUGCUGAGGAAAUGGCAGACAUAAGGCUCUGUGUUAUAGCUGCAAGCAGCGACACUUUGUCAAUGUUUACAACUUUAAACAAAAACUGUUGGUAAAAAAAGACAUACUAAGGUCACAAAUGCUCGAUUUCUUGGCCAUGUGGGGUUCUAGCCUGGAUAAACUCCCCUCUCUGCACCCCUGAUAGGAAAAUUGCUAGGCUACUACCAACUUAUUUUUAUAAUGUAAACAUCCAGAAAAUGUUCACAGUUUAACAAUUUGCACUUAUUUCACUAAAAGUGAUCACGCUUUUUCAGUGUUCUAUCUACAUUUAUUCAGUUGAGCAGCCUGAGCAAUAGAGAUAGGUGCCUUCGAAGGCACGGGGGUGUUUGUUUAGCAUUUGACCAAGUCAUGGAAAUAUGGUUUAGCUUGGAUCCAUAUUACCAUAUAUCCCGCAUCUUAGUCUAUACUACUCUGAGCAUCAGCUUUAUAUGUCUGUUCACCCUUGGAAAUUAUUCUAUUCCCAUGGACUAAUGCACAAGUGAAGACCACAUUGCUAUCCUUACAAACCAUAUGCAGCUAAUUCAGCGCUAAUAAACUUGCUGUCAGAAAUACAGACGUGUAUGCUGACCACACAUUGAGUUUGGUUAUAGGAGCACACUUACACUAGAUGAAUCCUACGCAGAAAUUGCGGAUGGACAACUUUUUUCAGUACUGACAACUGUUUAACUGUCUAGCUAAGACGGUCUGAACCUGACUUUAAGAUGAGUAGUGUUUUUACACCUUCUAGUGGCCAUAUUUAAAAAUUUUGUCUAUCUACCAUAUACCUGCAGAGACACACUAUAAGUUAUGUACAGGAGCACUUUGAGCAAUUUGUGUGUUUUCUAAAUAGGCGUUUAUUUUCAAUAAAAUGUAUUUAUUUAUUUAUUCAUUUAUUUUCUUUUAUAUAUAUUUUUCUACUUUUUCUAACCAAUUUAGCCUGGAUGCUUUAUGGCACCUCACGAGAUGUGAUCUAUCGUAUUUUCACUCUAUUACUAAAGUUUCCCUUAGAGGUACACUCACUUUUGGCUCAGCCUGGUUACACCCCCCAUGUUCUCAAUCAGGCAGCAGGUCCUGCUACUUCCUGGUUUGGUUAGCUUAUUUGCACUUAACUCAGACAUCUUAACUUCAGCACCUACACUCUGGGAGUCCUAAGAUUUAUGUCAUCACUAGUUCACAAAUAAUCAUAUUAAAGAGAUCAGAUAGUAGGCAUACAGUCAAGAACAUCUAAGCAAUGGCCACGUUGUACAUGAUCACGGCUUUAUGAACAGUGUAAGAAACACUUUAGCCAUUCAGACCAUGUAAUCUCAUUGAAGUUGUCUGGGUGUAAUGUCCCUUUAACCCUGAAAUGUAACAAAUUGCAGAUUUUGAGAAACUACAAUGUUUACAUUGUAGCGGUAAGUCCUCCCUAAUGACAGCCACUAGAGGCGAUUGCAUUGUACUGACUUGGUAAAACUUAGUUACAUGACGUGGAAGUGAUAUUGAUUUAAUGCUUUCCUAUGGGAAGCUUUUUUCUUUUUUGCACCUGUGGGUGGUCCUGUCUACAUAUAGGUACAUGGACACUAUAGUGUUAGGACUACAUAUUUAUAUUCCAAACACUAUAGUGUUUCUUUAAAUAGAUCACAUGUUUCAUUACUGCAGGCAAACACAAAUCAUUUUAAAGAUGUACCCUCCAUACUUCUCUUACAUAUGUUAGUGUGGGAUCUGGUCGCUAUCAUAUGUGUUUUUUAAUCCACAAUAUGACUAAAUUCCAAUUCCAUAAGAAAUUAAAUCAAAAUUUGUGGAUUCCAUGGUGUAAAAAGUCUAUCAGCCAAUCAAUUGGCGCAAUACCAUGCUUCCUAGUCAGCCCUUGUUAGCGAAGGUGAGGAACGAGAAGUUGGUCUGUAUUUCCAGGCCAAGUUCGACACUCUUUUUUCUGUAUCAGAGCGUUGCCGUGGAUUACUACCGCAAUGCUCUGAUACAUUUCCCGGUGCCAGCUGGAAAGAGCUAUCUGCACCCACCAGGCAAGCUGCAUUUCCCACCUGACUACUACUACUACUAAUACACCUCCUCACUCCUCGCUUCAGCCUUUAACCCCCUACUAUUGCCACUAAACCUUUAAUACUGCCCUUAACACCCACUACAGCUUCUAAUCCCCUCUGCAUCAAGCCCCUUCUACAGCUCCUAACACCAACUACUGCUUAUAACCACCCAUUACUGCCCAUUACAUUGCUAUCAGUUAUGGUCAAUCUCAACUCCUGAGUUCUUAAAGGUCGUGCACAUCUAUUGCAUAGGAUUUUCCAAAUAUUGACGAAUGAUCGACUGUUUAGAAACUCCGGCUUCCCUGCAUAAUGGGAUACUUGCACUGUGUGAUAAAAAUAUUCUGUUUUUACUUUGUGCCUAUUAUGAUCCCUAGUGGCUUUCAAUACUCAAAAAAUGGUAAAGCUAGCUUUGAAUACCAGUAAAUGUCCAUGGGCAUGACCAGUGAUAUAUUUUGCUUUUGUGCUGCCCUAGGCAUAACUAAACUUUGCAACACCCAAUCUAAAUGUGCCCCACCGCUUCCUGCCAAAGCCAUACCUCUUCUGUUUAAGACCUACCUCUUUCUCUACCUUUCUUUAGGCUCUAGCUUUUUGUCUUUGAACUCUACCUUUUUGCAUCUCAUACUUUUAAGCAUACACUAUUACUGAUCCAUAAACGCGCUCAUUGGCACGCACACUGUGUAACCAACACACACUUUCACUGAUAGAAUAUACCCUCAUUGAUACGCAUACACUGACUCACUGACAGACACAUUGGCUAACUCACUGUUUAACCAACGAGCGGGCAUUUGAGGGGCGGCAUUUUUUGCCACCCCCUUGAAUAGUCCUGCCCAAAUGCCUUGUUUGCCUUGGGAAGAAUACAGCACUGGGCAAGACUCUUAGUGAUAUAUAUCUGCCAACCUAAAAUCCAAAGAGAUUGUAGCUUGACUGAGCAGGGCCGUCUUUACCUCUAAAGAUCCUCUUCUAUAAUUACAAAGUGUUACAGAAUAUGUUGGUGCUGUAUAAAUGCUUAUAAUAAUUAAGUAUGUUCACAACUUGGCUUCUUUUGUUUGAUUUGUAGCUGAAGCCCAGUGUUCCUCAGAUGCAACCCAUUUGGAUGCAAAAAUUACAGAGUAAGUAUGGAGACUCAGCUAUACUUGUAAUUAAAAAAAUAUGGAUCCUCAUAAAAAAACACAGUUUUUAAAUAAAAUAAAAUUGACUAAAUAUGAAUAUUAUUUUUUCUAGAGUAUUUUGCCCUUCAGGAUGUGAAAACCAAAAAGGAGUUGUUUGGGGAAGCGAUAUCUAUACUGAUGUAUGUUUGAUCUUCAAAUACAAAUCAGCUAUUUUUUUUAAAGAAAUUACUUUAUUAUAAUCAAGCACAUAUUUAAUAUUAACUUGUAUAUUUUUUUACAAAUUAGUCAUUUGUUUAUUAUUUUAUUUAUUUCUGUCAUUAGGAUUCUGCAAUGUGUAGAGCUGCAAUUCAUGCAGGAUUUCUAAAUAAUAGUGGAGGAAGAGUACUUGUAGUAACCGAUUCAGGACCAGAAUUGUAUGAAGGUUCUAUAAGGAAUGGAAUAAAAUCAUCGGCAUAUGAAGGAUGGUCUGAAUCAUUCCGUUUCAUAUCAAGUCUAAGUGAUGCUGACUCAGAACCAUCAAACAAUCCAACCACAGGUUACUGUCUGAUUUUUGGGAGCAUUUAGAUUGACAUUUCUUUAUAUUUGUAUUUGACUUUUUAAAUAAAUAAAAUAAAACAUGAUAUCAAAUCAUGUAUUAAGAUAAAGAUGUGCAUAUUAGAACUUAGAGGGACACUGUAAGCACUACAACCAUUUCAUCUAGUCGAAUUGGUUAUAGUAUCUGAAGAUCCCUGAUGUAGUCCCUCCUCUCAGCGUUAAAUCAUUUUCAAACAAUGUAACACUAAAUAACGGUCCCUGGCCACCCACACCUGGCCACUGCUGGAGGUUUGACCAUACCAAUUUAUGCCAACACUGGGAGCUUUGAUAGGCUGAAAGCAAUUUGCUGACACUAUCAGCCAAUAGUAGCCACCCGUUGUUGCUCAGGCUAAUGCUUCCUCAUUAGCUCAAGCAGCAGAGGAGAUUGGCUUUGUAAUGGAUCCCCUAUACUCCAGCUGAGUAUAUCCAUUAUGAAUCUCCCGAGUCCCAAGCGCAGUAGUGAUUAUAGCCCAAGUUCCCCAAACAUCAGCUUAGACUUGAUGAAGGGUAGAACAAAUAUGUUUAAUCCAGGCUCAAUGGCCCACUUAUAUACAGAGACAUAGCAAACAUGCCCAUGACAAGCCCAGAGGUGGUCCGCAGUUCGUGAGUUUGUUCGGUCCCCGAACAGUACAAAUAAAUCCCAUGAACCAAGUCUUUUUACCAGCCUUUUCUAUGGCCCAUAGUCAGUGGGCAGGAGGCUAGCGUUCACACUCCUCCAGGAGCCCAUGGCGAAUGUCCAGGCAAGGGGGCGUUAGUCACAGGCUUCUUGGUACUCUCGUUUUGUAUUAAUACAAAUAACAGUUUCACUAAUUAAACUCAAACAAAAUGAAAGAAAGGACAAAGAUUAACUAACAAAUUAUGGGAGUUUAGUCAUGUAUAGGAAGACCAUGAUCAACAUGGAGUAAGGCAUUGAGCCCAAAUGCGAUAGAAAUAAAGUACGUUUUACAUUUCAGGUAUUGGAGAAGUGAUGAAUCAAUAAUAAAUAUCCUGAUUUUAGUAGCAAAAUCUAGAAUUAUUUAUGUGAAAGUAGUCAUAAAGACAUGAUAAAGAAUCACAAAUAUUGUUUUGAAGCCAACAAUAGAUUGAGUGACCAGUAAUCCGAUCAUAAAUUCAUAUUUAACUAAAAAAAACAAGAUCACAGAUAUUAUAUAAGCGUUUGACAUGCAUUCAACUACCCACUUUUUUUCUCAUAUUGUUUUAGAUACGGCACAAGAAACAGUCUCAAAUCCAGCUACAGGUGAGCUUGAAUCAAAUGUCAUAUUUGAGAAUUUCUAAAAAUAUUUUUGAAUAGUAGCUUGUUAAAUCAUUAUAUAAACUUCAAGCAUAAAGUUUAGAAAGCAGUUUAUAUUUAUUUUCAUUGGAAUAAUAGAAAAUACUGUAACUUUCCAUAAAUGUGGCAUACAGCUUACGAGGAAAUGUGUUUAUUACAUUAAAGUUUAUACAAUGCCAUAUGAUGCUUGUGAAGUUAACAUUAUCUUUAAACAUUAUAGAUGUCAUAAAGGCAGAAUCAUCUUUCUCCAACUAUCAUUCUAUUAGAAAACCACUUCAUUGUUAUGGCAUUUUAAAAUACACAGGCGCAAGCAUGCUACUAUGGCAUAACAAGACAAUAAAUGAAAAGUACCAUAAAAUGUGAAACUUUAGGAAAAAAAAAAAAAUAAGCAUUGAAAUGUAACUAAAAUGGUUCACACAUGUGCACUAAAGGCCCAGCUGCAGUAUCUUGGAUGCGUUUUAUUCCUGACAAGAUCAAUUCAGCCCUUUGUUAUUUAAAAGGCGAUAAAAUAAUUGUCAUUAAAAUCUGCAAAUUUCUAAAUUUACCGUCCCAGAUUAAAUGUGUUGGAACUAUCAGAUCAAGUAGCAGUAAAUCAUAUAAAAGAUUGUUUUUUGAAUUCAUGCUUAGAUUUAUAUUAAAGGACUACUAAAUACACACAAACUACCUCAUCUCAAUCAGUUUUGUAGAAACUGAAUUUAUUCCAUUUCAGGGUUAAACACACAUCUAGUGACUGUCUUCCAGUUUGAGAGUCACUUCCUGAACAACAACUGAGUGAAACUCGGUUGUGUGAUGUUCGAUGUACAAAAGGACGUUAAAUAUAAUUAAAUGCAACUCAUAGGAAAUAAUUGGGAAAUCAUUGGGGACACAUCUCGUCCACAAUGAUCCUCUAUGAGAAGCAUUGGAUUGGACAAUACGUGAGAAAGCAAUGCUUCCAUAAUGACGUUGUGGGACUAUGAUCAGGCAGCAUAACUGAGGAACUAUUGAGGACAAAGACUAACUAACACAUCAUGGAAAUUUAGUCAUGUACAGGAAGACCAUGAUCAACAUGGAGUAAGGCAUUGAGCCCAAAUGCGAUAGACAUAAAGUACAUUUUAAACUGUAUGCAUUGGACAAGUGGGGAAUCAAUAACAAUUAUCCUGAUUUUAGUUUCAAAAUCUAGAAUUAUUUAUGUGAAAAUUUAUGUUUGAUAUAGAAUCAAAAUUAUAUAUUUUUUGGCGUGUGGGGAUUGAAUACUAAAAAAUAAAAUGUAUAGCAUACCAUAACUAUCUUACUUUAAGUAGUAUUAUGAUAAAAUCUCCAAUAAAUAAUAAUGAUAAUUUAAACUGUACAGGAGCAGAUUUUUUUGCCAACAGAUGUAUUUCUGAGUUUCACACUGAAUUGCAAACUACAAUGCACCAGUUCUCUAUUUGUGAAAUGAUUAUAUAUGAAGCCAAUAAUAGGAUGAGUGACCAGAAAUCUAAGCACAAAUUCAUAUUUAACUAAAGAACAAGAUCAUAGAUAGUACAUAAGCACCUGACAUUAAUUUAUGAUCAUACAACUACACUCGUUGCAGAUGCAGCUCAAGAAACAAUCUCAAAUCCACCUACAGGUGAGUUUGAAUUAAAUAUCAUAUUUAAAAGAUAGCUGAAAAAAAUGUUCAGUAGGUGGUUGAUAUAGCAUUUAUAUAAAUAUCAAGCUUAAAUAAUAUAAAUCAGUUUAUAUUUGUUUUAAUGGCAAUAAUAGAAUAAUAAUGUAACCUUCCAUAAAUGGCAGAUAGCUUAUGGAGAAAUGUGUUUAUUGCAUGAAAAUUUAUACAAGGACAUAUGAUGCUUGUUUAGUGAACAUUCAUUCAUCGGAGAAGUGAUGAAUCGAUAACAAUUAUCCUGAUUUUAGUAGUAAAAUCUACAAUUAUUUAUGUGAAAAUAGUCAUAAAGACAUGAUAACAUCCAAAAUCACAAAUGUAUAUUUUGGGGGGUUUUAAUACUAAAAAAAAAAAUCUAUAGCAGACCACAGCUAUCUUAGUUUAGGAAGUAUUAUGAUAUAAUCUCCAAUAAAUAAUAAUAAUAAUUUCAACUGUACAGGAGCAGAUUAUUUUGCUAACAGAUGUAUUUCUGUUUUUCACACCAGUAAUGCACCAGUUCUCUAUUUGUGAAAUUAUUAUAUAUAUGAAGCCAACAAUAGGUUGAGUGACAAGUAAUCUGAUCGCAAAUUCAUAUUUAACUAAAGAACAAGAUCAUAGAUAGUAAAUAAGCAUCUGACAUGAAUUUAUGAUCAUUCAAGUACUACAUACUUUCUUUCUUUUUUUCAUAUUGUUUUAGAUACGGCACAAGAAACAAUCUCAAAUCCACCUAAAGGUGAGUUUGAAUUAAAUAAUAUAUUUGAGAAUAGCUUAAAAAAUGUUCAGUAGGUGGUUGAUAUAGCAUUUAUAUAAACAUCAAGCAUAAAGAAUAUAAAGCAGUUUAUAUUUGUUUUAAUGGGAAUUAAUUGUACUGACACUUUACAUAAAUGUAGAAAUGUGUUUAUUGCAUGAAAGUGUAUACAAAGACAUAUGAUGCUUGUUAAGUGAACAAUAUCUCUUAAAGUUAUAGAGACAUUACAAAAGCAGAAUCAUCUUUUUCCAUCUACCAUUCUAUAAGAAAACCAUAUUCAUGUUAUGGUACUUUAAAUUACACAUGCACAAGCUACUACAGCUGAACAAGACAAAUAAAAUGAAAAGUGUUAUAAAAUGUGAAACCUUUAACCCGUUCUAGGUUAAACAUGUUGAUACUAUUAGAUCAAGUAGCAACAAUUCAUACAAAAGAUUGGCUUUAGAAUUCAUUCUUGGAGAGGCACUUACUGAGCAACAACUGAGUGAAACUCGGUUGUGUGAUGUUCGACAUCCACAAGGAUGUUGAAUAUCAUUAAAUGCAAUUCAAGGAAUGCAUUGGGAAAUCAGUGGGGACACAUCUCGUCCACAAUGAUCUUCUACGAGAAGCAUUGGAUUGGACAAUGGGUGAGAAAGGAAUGCCUGCAUAAUGAUGUUGCGGGACUUAAUUGGGCACUGAGGGAGUGAGGGAGUAUCAAGGGCAAACACUAGGGGAGUAUCAAGGUCAAAGACUAACACAUCAUGGGAAUUGAGUCAUGUAUAGGAAGACUAUUAUCAACAUAGAGUAAGGCAUUUAGGCCAAAUGCGGUAGAAAUAAAGUACAUUUGACCUUUUAAGUAUUGGAGAAGUGACGAAUCCAUAACAAUUAUACUGAUUUUAGUAGAAAAAUCUUGAAUUAUUUAUGUGAAAGUAGUCAUAAAGACAUGAUACAGAUCACAAUUAUUUUUGUGAGGCGGUGGUGAUUGAAUACUAAAAAAAUAAAAUUUACAGUAUAACACAACCAUCUUAGUUUAAGAAGAAUUAUGAUUCAUUUUUAAAUAAAUAAUAAUAAUAAUAAUAAUAAUAAUAAUAAUUUCAACUAUACAGGAGCAGAUAAUUUUUUGCCAACAGAUGCAUUGCUGAGUUUCACACUAAACUGUAAUGCACCAGUUCUCUAUUUGUGAAAUUAUUAUAUAUGAUGCAAACAAUAGGUUGAGUGACCAGUAAUCUGAUCACAAAUUCAUAUUUAAUGGAUCACUAUAGUGUCAGGAAAACAAAGCGGUGAUCCUGACACUAUAGUGCCCUGAGGGUGCCCCCACCCUCAGCGUCCCCCUUCCGUGUCACUGAAGGGGUUAAAAACCCUUCAACAGCUUACCUUAUUCCAGCACAGGGCUCCCUCGGCGCUGGUGACCUCUCCCCCCCGCCGACAUCAGCUCCCCCGCCCGACGUCAGUGGAGUUAAAUGCGCAUGCGCGGCAAGUGCCGCGCGCGCAUUCAAAGUGUCCAUAGGAAAACAUUUCUCAAUGCUUUCCUAUGGACGCUCUGUGCGAUGGAUGCGAAAUGUGCCUCCAGCAUCGCAGAUGCGCAUCUAGUGGCUGUCCGGAAGACAGCCACUAGAGGCUGGAUUAACCCCAAAAGUAAACAUAGCAGUUUCUCUGAAACUGCUCUGUUUACAUCUGAAAGGUUAAAACCUGAGGGACAUGGCACCUCAUUGAGCUGAAGUGGUCUGGGUGACUAUGGAAUUACAUGAAUGUCUGACAAGUGUUUAUGAUCAUUCAACUACACACUUUCUUUUUUUUUUUAUAUUGGUUUAGAUACGGCGGAAGAAACAAUGUCAAACCCACCUACAGGUGAAUUUGAAUUAAAUAUCAUAUUUGACAGUAGCUUAAAAAAUGUUCAAUAGUAGUUCUGAAGUCUUUCAUAAACCUGCAAUGUGUCCGGUGUGAUUUACUCCUAGAAGACAUGCGCACAAUCAAUUUGUAAAUGAGUAGAUAGACAAAUAAUCAAACAGUUUGUUUGAUCCAAAUCAGUUGUUGUAGCAUUAUAUAAACAUCAGGCAUAAACCAUAGGAAACAGUUUAUAUUUAUUUUAAUGGGAACAAAUUAUACUGUAACUUUACAUAAAUAUUGCAUGAACGUUUUUACAAGGACAUAUGAUGCUUGUUAAGUGAACACUAUCUUUUAAAGUUAUAGAAACGUUAUGAAAGCAGAAUCCUCUUUCUCCAACUACUAGAGCUUAACAAGACAAUGAAAUUAAAAGUAGCAGAAAAUGUGAAAUUUAGAAAAUAAAAAAAAAUUAGCAUUGAGAUGUAACUAAAAUGGUUCGCAUAUGUGCAAAAGAGUGCCAAUGUCUAAGAUUGAUAGGUUUAAUUCCUGACAAGGUCAGUUCAACCCUCUGUGAUUCCAUGGACGAUAAAAUAAAUGCCAGUAAUAAUUGCAAAUUUGUAAAUGUACCGUUCCAGGUUAAUUGUCUCGAUACUAUUAGAUCAAAUAGCAGUUAAUCAUGUAAAAGAUUGGUUUUACAAUUAAUUUAUAUAUUUUUUCUCUUCAUUUGCAAUAUUUACCUUGUCUGAUCUGUUUUCUUAUACAAUUUGCUAAAUCUUUAAUAUAAAUUAAAAAGAAACCUUAGUAUCUCAUGAAAAAGAUUAGCAUAAGUUAAAAGUGAUUUUUAAUAUUUUAUUCAAUGGUGUAAAUUCCACUGACGUGACUGUUCCCAUUUAAAGAAUUGGGUAUAAAUGUUCAUUUUUAUUGUUCCUUGCAUUUAUAGUUUUGAAAUAUUAGUUUUGUUCCUGCCAAAACCGUGCAUUUUAUUGUAUGCCAAACCAAAUAUUUUCCCAUCAUUACCCACUGAGAAUAAAUUGUUUUAUUUUAUUUUUACAGUUUAUGCCCAUUGUGCAUGGUCAGCAAAGAAUCUACCUGCACUAAUUACAAGGUAAGUACAGUUAUCCAGAAAUAGUGUUCUGCCCAGGGCCAGCGCGACCUCUAGGCAAAUUAGGCAGUCGCCUAUGGCGGUGUACAGGGGGCUUGGUGGGGAAGAGGCACACAGAGGGUUGGGGUGAAGAGGUGCAUAGAAGGGCUUGGGGGACAGAGAGAUGCACAGAGGGGCUGGACGGGACAAAGUGACACACAUAGAGGCUGGGGGACAAAUAGACAUACAGAGAGAUGGGGGGGGACAGAGAGAAACACAGAUGAACUGAGGGGACAAAGAGACACAUAGAGGGGCUUGGAGGAGCAUAGACACACAGAGGGGCUGAGGGGACACAGAGACACCCAGAAGGGCUGGGAGGAACAAAGACAUGCAGAGGGCUGGUUUUUCAAAGAUGGUGUUACACAGAGGGAAGUGGGACAAAGAGACACGCAGAGGGGCUGAGGGGACAAAGACACACAGAGCGGCUUGGGGAAUAGAGGGUGGGGGGGGACAAAGAGAUACACAAAUGAGUUUUGGGGGCAAAGAGCCACACAAAGGGGCUGGAGGGGAGAAAGACACAUAAUGCAACUGAAGGAGAAAGAGAUACAAAAAGUGGUUUGGAUUGGAAGGAGACACACAAAGGGGCUGGGAUAAGACAUACAAAGAGGGGCUGUAAAACGGAAAAAAAACAAACAAAGAAAUUGGGGGGGGGAUGACACGCAUAGUGGCUGGGAAAAGAAAGAGACACACAAAGUUGGCAUUUUUUUUGGGGGGGUGGGAAGCGUGCAAGCUGUUCUUGCCUAGGGUGCAAAAUAGUCUUGCACCGGCUCUGGCUGUGCCUGCUGAAUCUGAAAUCUAGCACAAGGUUGGGGAUCUAAUGCACUAAAGACAAAAAAUAGUGAAAUUGUGCUUAGACAGUGUGUGAACCACUGUGCAAUUCUAUGACACCAGUGAGGUUAACCACCACAACCCUCAAAACACAUAAACCAAAUACAACAAAAUAAGAUGUGGGCACAAAUGAUGAAACAUCAGUAAUGUACGUGAUACUUAUAUAUCACAGGAUCUUCUUCAAAAGAAAAAAUUACAGAGUAUCAAAUAUACAUUUAAACAAAUGAUUUUUAAAAAGUAAACAGAAUAUGCAUGUAUGUACAGGUCGUAUUUUUCUUAUCCAGAACCAUUCACAUGACCAGGCUCUAUAGAACCCACGUGUGGGUGCCCCACGCAUGUGGCUAACAUAAGGGUAUACCUCCAAGCUCCAGAAUGUAUUUUUCAUCCACUAUUUCUGGAGUUGGAAUUAUAUCCUUAUUUUAGUUAGAUAUCAAGAUAAGUUAAGAUAAUUAGAUGAUUGUUGUAGAACUGCUCCUAAAAUAUAAUUUUCAUUGACAUGGAUGUCUGAAAAAUGUAUCCAGAUUCUCCAGGGAUAAUUAUGAAUUUUUGUUUUUUCAACAUCAAGAACUAGUGAAAGAUAUCAGACAAUUUGUAUUUUCUUUUUCAUACAGGGUACGAUGUCCCAGUGAAUGUCUAAAUAAGGAUGGUGACGUGUGGGGAUCUAACCCCUUUACAGAUGUAAGAAUCACAUUCUGAUCUAAAUGUGUUUAAGUUUCUCACUGUCACAAUGCAUAUAUCAAAAUUAUACAUUUUAAACAAACACAAUUUUCCCCAACAGUCUACAGCCAUUUGCCGAGCUGGUAUUCAUGUAGGGAUGUUCGAAAAUGAUAAGGGCGGAGAGUUUAUUGUGGUGAAGAAGCCAGGAGAAAAUAGCUAUCAAGAAUCCAAUAGAAAUGGGGUCCAGUCCAAGAGCCACGGAGCCUGGCCUGGGUCAUUUAUACUGGUCUCACUUGCUGACUUCCAGCUUAACGGAUACAUGAAAUACAUAGGCUACAAUUUCAACUUCAACCAAGGUGGAGGUAAUAGUGUUUUCCUUAUGCUUGUAUCAGAAAUUAUUUCACAACAAUCUGUGCUGAACUAA